GCAGAUACCACUUCCGGGAUCACGCCCACGAAUUUCCAUAUAUUGAAGACGGAAAGUGAAGUUAGCGUUUUGGUCAAGUCACGCGCAGAAGUAUCUUCGGAGAACAAUAAAAAAAAAAUAUAUAACGAUGUCUGGGAAGAAGGGAGGCAGCCGGCCCGUGGAGGGGGGGGAGGAGGCGGCCAUCAUUCGGAUCCCUCCGCAUCACUACAUUCACGUUCUGGACCAGAACACCAACAUCGGCCGGGUGGAGAUCGGGCCUCGGACCUACAUCCGCCAAGACAACGAGAGGGUGUUGUUUGAACCCGUGCGCAUGGUAGUGGUUCCGCCCCGCCACUACUGUGUGGUGAAGAACCCGGUUGCCCGUGACGACGAAGGCCAAGUCCAGUUUGACCAGCUGGGACAGGCCAAGCUGCGGCAUGCUGACCUGGAGGUCCGUGUGGCGCAGGAACCAUUCCCCCUCCACCCAGGAGAGGAGAUUGAACAGGACGUGACCGUUCUGCAGAUUGUGUACCCAGACACUGCGCUCAGGCUGCAGGCCCUGCUGGACUUUGAGGAGGAGGGCGGGGAGAAGAGAGUCGCUGGCGACGAAUGGCUGUUUGAGGGACCAGGGACCUACAUCCCCAGGAAAGAGGUGGUGAUGCUGGAGACGGUGAAGGCCACGGUGAUCCAGGAGAACCAGGCUAUCCGCCUUCGAGCCCGCAAGGAGGGCGUGGACCGAGGCGGUGUGCACAGGGUCACAGGUGAGGAGUGGCAGGUGAGCAAGGUGGGGGCAUACCUGCCUGGAGUUUAUGAGGAGGUGAUAGACAUCGUCAACGCUUUCAUCCUCACCGACAAGAAAGCUCUGCACGUGCGGGCCUUGCGGCCGUUCCGGGCUGAGGGCGGGCGGGACCGGCGCACGGGGGAGGAGUGGCUGGUCACCCUGGAAGACCGCGAGGUCCACAUCCCGUCCGUGUCCGAGGAGGUGGUGGGCGUGGUGGAGGUGACGGUGCUGAGCUCCCGGCAGUACUGCGUGGUGCUGGACCCGGUGGGAGCUGACGGCAAGCCCCAGCUGGGCCAGAAACGCGUGGUCAAGGGGGAGAAGUCGUUCUUCCUCCAGCCCGGGGAGACUCUGGAGCAGGGGAUCCAGGAUGUCUACGUCCUGUCUGAGGAGGAGGGCCUGGUGCUGCGAGCCGUGGAGGCCUUCCUGGACACUGACGGGGUGAGGAAGAAACGCAAAGGAGGAAGAGGAAGGGAGGGAGAGAUUGAGAAGGAAAAGAGGAGGAAGACCAAACCGGAGGCAGUUGCUGUGCACAGUGGAAAGGCUGAAGAGGAGGAGUCCGGGGAGGGGGAGGGUGGUUUGGGCGAGGGGCAGGUCCUCCGGCGCCCGGGGGACCGCUGGAUGCUGCGGGGGCCGAUGGAGUACGUGCCCCCUGCCAGCGUGGAGGUGCUGUUGCGGCGCGAGGCCAUCCCGCUGGAUGAGAACGAGGGCAUCUACGUGCGGGACAUGAAGACCGGGAAGGUCCGCGCUGUGAUUGGCCACACCUACAUGCUGACGCAGGAUGAGGAGCUGUGGGAGAAGGAGCUGCCGCAGAACGUGGAGCUGCUCCUGCAGUCUGGCCGGGACGCCCUGGCCGACCGCGGCCGCAGGGGUUCCCCGCUGGUGGAGGCCCCUCCCAGAGACAGAACCAGGGUUGUGACCUAUAGAGUCCCCCAUAAUGCCGCGCUGCAGGUCUAUGACUACCGAGAGAAGUCAGCCAGGGUGGUGUUUGGGCCGGACAGGGUGAUGCUGGCCCCUGACGAGCAGUUCACCGUCCUCUCCCUGUCAGGGGACAAACCCAAACGGCCCAACGUCAUCAAGGCCAUCUGCCUUCUGCUGGGGCCCGACUUCUGCACUGACAUCAUCACCAUAGAGACGGCUGACCACGCCCGUCUGCAACUGCAGCUUUCUUACAACUGGCACUUCGACGUGGCGUCGCGCUCUGACCCCGGACGCUCUGCGGCCCUCUUCUCCGUGCCCGACUUCGUGGGCGACGCCUGCAAGGCCAUCGCCUCCAAGGUCCGCGGAGCAGUGGCGUCCGUGCAGUUCGACGACUUCCACAAGAACUCCAACCGCAUCAUCUGCUCAGCGGUGUUCGGCUUUGAUGACAAGAUGGCGGUGCGCUCCAGCCUGCGUUUCGGGCAGAACGGGCUGGUGAUCAGCAGCGUGGACAUCCAGUCUGUGGAGCCAGUGGACCAGCGCACACGCGAUGCCCUGCAGAAGAGCGUGCAGCUCGCCAUCGAGAUCACCACCAACUCCCAGGAGGCUGCCGCCCGGCAUGAGGCGGAGCGUCUGGAGCAGGAGGCCAAGGGCCGUCUGGAGAGGCAGAGGAUCACAGACCAGGCGGAGGCCGAGAAGGCCCGGAAAGAGCUGCUGGAGCUGGAGGCUCUCAGUGCGGCAGUGGAGAGCACAGGUGCAGCAAAAGCGGAGGCGCAGUCCAGAGCUGAAGCAGCCCGCAUACAGGGAGAGGCGGCCGUGAACGAGGCCAAGCUGAAGGCCGAGGCCCAGCGGAUAGAGGCUGAGGCGGAGCUGGCGCGGCUGGCGCAGGCGCGGGAGCAGGAGCUCUCCUACCAGCAGGAGAGGAACCGGCUGGAGGUGGAGAAGCAGGAGAAGCUCGGCGCGAUCGAGAACCUGCGCUUCCGGGAGCUGGUGAGCAGCCUGGGGAGUGACACUCUGAAGGAGAUGGCCCGGGCCGGGCCUGAGCUACAGGUGAAACUCCUUCAGUCCUUGGGGCUCAAGUCCACUCUGAUCACUGACGGAUCCUCUCCCAUCAACCUCUUCAGUACCGCCAAUGGCCUGCUGGGGGCGCUGCAGGGCAAGGACGAGUGAGAGGGAAGAGGAGAGCGGGAAGGAUGUUCUGCAGUGCACCCUGGCGAAAAUGGGAGGGGUGGAAAUGGAGGUGAUAGCUUGAAUACGAGUGGUGGAGGGUUGUUGAGAAAUCAGAAGGAUUGUUUUGCUUACAUACAUGCUUGCUUUGAAUAAGGCACGUGCACUGAAUCCCAAGGUUUGGAGGCCAGGAACAUGCAGUAGGGUAUUUAGACGUUCUGUAGACCUGUACUGGGAUCACCUUACUGCUGAAGAAGUGCAGUGGCACACAAACGUUCUGGUACGUGUGAAACGCUUUAUCUUCACCGCAGCAAAUGUACUUUGGCUGGAAAUCUGACCCCGUUGUAACAAUAUGUGCAUUCCUCUGCAUGUUUCAGAUGAAGGGAUCAUAUUCAUAUUCAUACAGCAUAUUGCAGCAUAUAUUCUCUCUAUAUUCUCUUUAUUUGCACAGAAAAUGUUUGCAAGGAUAGUCCAAGUCUCACAAGUACCACCAUGUUUUGGAAAGAAAUGUCCAUGCUGCCACAGACGCUUCUGUUUUUACACAAAACUAAAGUUGGUGUGGUGGUGAGGCCAGUGAGGUACUGCUCGCCAUUCCUGUACGGCUGGCUUCUGAAGCCUUCUAAAACAUUUUGCACUCCUUAUGCAAAAAAGGAAAAUGCACACCUUGUUUGAUGAGGUGCUGACCCUGGAAUCUUGAAAGCAAAACUUUUUGCACACUUAAUUCCAAUGCAGUUUAAUUGGCAAUGUUGGGGCCUUCCUCAGGACUAGUUUACUCUCCUUCCCUGGAAGUAGACGCUGUCUGCUGCCAUCAAGCCACCUCUUUCCAGUCCCAUCCACUUGUACCCAAUCACAUAAGUAUGUUUACUACAGAAUCAUACGUACUAUUCCUAAGAUCUGAAAUCGUAUCGCUGUAAGACCGUAUUUGCACCUUAUAUACAUUACAAGGGCUCUAGUGAGACUUGGACUCAUUAAGAAUGUACUGUAUUUGAAAUGGAAGCUGAACACCAUUGUGCUUUACUCCUAAAUGCUACAUUGUCGCAUCUGAAACCAGACUUGCAAUAAACUGACCUUAAAGGAAA